GACAAUACUUUGUAAACGCGGCUAUCUUGUAAACAAGUUUUAAGUAAUUCUGUACUCUGGACCACGGAGUUGUUGAAUUUAAAGCUCCUCGGGGCGAGGCCGGGCCCAUUAAUGUAGACGCGACUUUAGGCGAGGCACGUGGAGCGCGCGGGCUGGCUCUUAGAAAAAAAUAGUGAAAAUCUAGUCAAAAUGAAACUCCUAGUGCUGCAACUGCUUCUGCUCGUGACGGUGGCACGCUCGUUCACGAUCUGCAGCGGAGUCUCCGAGGAGGACGAGGACCUCACGGUGGAGCUGAGCCAGCAGGUGCUGGCGUGCAGCCGCUUCCUGUCGUGUUUGCUGGAGAGACUGUGCAGCAACAGCGUCAAGAUUGUGAAGGGCGAUGGGGCCGCUAUUUUCGGCAAGUUGAAGCUCUCAAGAAGUCGUCGCCACGCGUCAUCCAGCAGAGAACUAGACGAGGGCUCGCCGCGGCGCACGCGCAGACAAGUGGUCGACGACUGCUGCCUCCAACCCUGCACCAUCAAUGACCUGCUGCAGUACUGCCCCUCCAACUCCAAGCACGAAAACGUCACAGAAGAAGACACCUAAUGAACCAGCUCGGCCGAGCGGAACUCACAUUGUAAAUAGAAAAGUGACUGCAGCUUCUGUGGGACGCUUGCGUUGAGUUUGUUUUGUUUUUGUGGUAUCCACGCGUGAUGCGGAUUCGGUUGAUGCGCGUCAAUACUUAAAUUUUCUAAGAAUCCCAUAGUCCAUUGAUACGUGGUAUUUGUGUCUUUUUGGACGGGAGCCCGCGCCGUGCUUGUGCAAGAAGUAUGAAAAUGUUUACCUCACUCAGUUGACCGGAGAAAAGUAUUUUUUUGCUAUUAAAAGAUUUUAUUUAUUUA